AUGGGUUUUUUUAAAAGUUUUUCCUCGAGCGUGACGCGACCGCGACGCGUGCCAACCAAUCUACAGGUUGUUCAGACUUGAUAGACAUAAUUUUGAGUUGAAGGUGUUCUUCUUUGAUACUCUUCCUAUUGUAAGCAAACUGCUUCUCACGGAAGCUUGUAGUUUUCAACUCUACCAUGGUAUAGGUAGAACUAAAUUACCUCCCUUUUUCCGCUUAUUCUUUUCAUUAUUUACUCGUUUUACAACAUUUUACGUGUAAAUUACUCACAUUUCUCAAUUUAUUUCAGUUUUCGACCAUGUCCAAGGAAAGUGAAAAGAAAAUCAUGGCUGAAAAAGUCGCCAAGGUUCGAGAGGUGGUAAACGGCGUCAAUAACAACGACAUCAUCAUGGUUCUCCAUUCUUUUGAUCUCAAUGUUGAGAAGACUAUUCAAGCUUUUUGUGAUGGUUAUAGAAACACUUGGAUGAUAUUUCAUAACUAGUUUUUUCAGGUGGUGCGUCUGGAAUUUUAGACGAUUGGGUUCGUCCAGGCGCUCCGGCUGGUAACAAAAACAAAAAUAAGAAGAAAAAGGCGAAGUCGUCAGCACCAGCUUUGCAAGCAGUGAGCAUCUCAGUCCCUUCUACAGCAACAGUUUCUCAAAACACAGCAAUUGCUAGUAUGAAGAAUUUUUUUUUCUGUUUUUAAUAGAUUUUUCGAAAGGUUCUGCACCACCACGCGUUGAUGAACUCAACGCUGCGAAUGCUUUACCGAAAAGCAACAACAUAUCUACAGUUAAGGCUCAUGGUUAGUCGAAUUUCAAACCAUUAAUUGAUAAUUAACGGAUUUGUGCGUUUCCUUUACGGAAAUGUUUAAUGCGGUGCUCAAGGUCAUUUUGCUAAAAUUAAAAUCCGUCAGAGAAAGAAACAGAAAACUGUUUUGGAGAGUCAGAGAUGAUUUUGCAUUUGGCGGAAAUUACUUAAACGCUUCAUAAGGUUUAUAACAGUAAACAAAAACGUUGAACUUCUUCAAAUAAUCUGGUGGUCAGUAUCAAGCUUUUUUAUUUAGGUUCAGCUUGUUUUAGUGUUCUUUAGGAACUUGGCGCGCGCGCUGAGCUUCAUGCUGGGAAGUGCCCGGUGUCUCCUCCUUUUUUGCCAUUAUGCCCUUUUACACUUUCAUGCAUCUUUUCUCAUCAUGAUGCGUAUGUUUAAAUAAAUAACGUAUGAAACUCGACCAUGCCCAUUUUUCAUUUAACUUUUAACAUUUCCUUCUGAAACUUCUAAAACAAAACAAAAAAAUCCUUGAAACCAAAAAAGGUUUAAAAAGUGAGCGAGGUUCCUAAUAAUGCCUUGUUGGAACUGAUUCCGCGAAAUGCAAAAUAGCCGUAAGAGAAAGAAAAAGAUAACUCAAUUUUGGAGAGUCAGAUAAUGUUGCAUUUGAACACGGCAAUGGUAUUUUUUGAAUUCAGAAGGCAAAAUUAAGGGCCGGUGCGCCUCGCCUGUGCCUGAGUUUUUUUUAACGUGAGAGUCAUUAACAUAGGGUUAGAAUUUUCUAUAAAUAAAAAUCUGACGUCCUAAAUUUUGGACUUUUAUGCGAUUCAAGUUUCUAAUGCUUUUUGAGUUUUUUCGGCAGCUUUCUUGUCAAUACAGCACUUUAUUUUUUUAAACCCGAAUUUUUUUUCCCGAUUCCUGCUCCUUGAGUGUGUUCAUGUUCAAGGCGGCGGCGGCAGGUCGUAUUACAUUAGUCAAGCUAGGUUUUUGGGGUAAUAAAAUGAAAACUUGUCUACUUUUUGUGAAGUAACUUAUCUUGUAACCUCGAGAAAAAAAUUGCGAUAAAGAUAAAAAGUUGAAAAAAAUUCUUGGCUCCGAAAAAACUGACGGCGAAUUAUGGACCGGCCGCCGUAGCCCUGUCUCAAACACGCGUGUGUUGGGCAGACAUUUCGCAAAAAGAAAGAAAUAAAAUUAUUUUUUCUUCUUCAAACAAGAUAAUCGCCGAAGGAGCCCAGAAAAAAUCUUGGUCGCAUCAAAUAUCCGUUAUUUGAACGGCUAUUUCACAAUUGUUUAUUUUUACCUACGUUUAUUCAUGUCAAAAUUCAAAUAUGGUUUUUUUUUCAAUUAAAAAAAAUUUCAUACCGAAAUGGGUAGUGUAUGUGAUGUUCGAUGACAUAUUUUUUGAAUAUUUCUCUUCUUAUGUAUAUAAACUUUCUUUAAAAAGUGAUCUUUCUCAAUUUUUUUGAAUUUCUAUAUUUUUUUAUUAAGAAAAAUUUUUUUCAGCUAACAACGGGACCUCUCGAGAUACUGGAUCUGAUUUCGGAGAGUUAAGCGAAGCUUUCAAGGUUGCUUUGUUUAUUUUUGAUGUUUCAUAAAAAAAAUUUCAGUUCAUCCGAACUGCGAUCGGGCAAAGAGAAAAGGAGCUGCAGUCAGUCUAUAAGAAUAGUCCCAAUGCCAAGAUUUUAUUUGACACAACUGAUUUGAUAAGAGCUAUAUCUACGUUUGGAAAAAGUAACGUGCUUACCUUGAGGCUAUUAAAAAGAAUAUGAACGUUUAGGUGUCACAGAAAGAAAGCCUGUGGUCAAUAACGAUGUUGUUUCAAAGACUGUGUCUCCUACUCCCGCGCCAGUCGCCCCUAUGAAGCACGCAACCAGUCAGAGUAGCAUUUCGAGUUCUGUUGGUGCUGAUUCUGGUGUCAACCUGAGCCCCACUCAUAAAGGUUCUACUUGAAUUUAACAGGAGUUCAAAAUGUGCCUAUAGGCUUUCAAAGAAACGCUCUUUUUGAGAUAUUAGUAGCUGAAUGUUAAGCGUUCCGGCGGUGUCGCAAGGCGUGGAUUGAAAAUUAAAUGAUUGCUCUAACUUGCGCAUUUUCCUGGAUACCUACUAUUGAGCUCGCGAAAAAACAAAUGAGUUACGGUAGCAAUGAAAAAAAUAUUUUUCGCAAACAGUUUUUUUCAAAAAUUAAGAACGCGGAAAAGAGAAUUUUCGAACGAAAAAAAUGUUCCAUCUACAAAAAAAUUUAGUUAUUGUAAAAAAUUUAAGUUGUAGCAAAUAAAAAAACAAAAAAAUAUCUCUACAUUCUCUACCAUAUUUUAGAAAAAUCCCUAAAACAGUAAAGAUUUCCGCGUUCCUCACUUUUUGAGCUGUUUUUUUCAAUUUUCCCAAAAUCUGGCACCUAAUUACAAAUAACUUUUGUUUUGUAUAUGCCAAUAGUUUUUUUCACAGAACUUUUCCGCCCAUCCCUCUUAAAUACCUAGUAUCAUAGGAAUGAAGUUAAUUUUAAUAAAUCGGAUUUUUUCAACCUUGUUUCCUUUAUACUAAGAUUAAAUUAUUUCAGAAGACAAGAAGGCGAAACCACAAACAAUUGUUACCGGUGGCAUCCAAAUGUCUUCCGAGGGGCUUUCUCCGGAGCAGUUAGCUGCUCUUCAACAGUCGCUGCAGCUUCAGUUGGCUGCUCGUGGUCUCGACGCGUCGGUUCUCACUUCAAGCGACUCGGUUGUUCGUCGCUCUCGAAACAAACAGGAGGGUAAAAAAGGAGCGCCGAAAGAAAAGCAAAAUUCUCAGCCAAAGCUGUCGAUCCUGUAA